AUAGUUUGUAGAUAGUCUAUGAGUUUGUUAUUGUUAUUGCAACAGACCUAUUGAACAGUGGACCUAGAUUGCCUAGAGUUAAUUCUAAACUAGAUAUAGUUUGGACAUUCCUUCAAAAAAAAAAAAAAAAGAUAAUUAUUACAAAAUAGAGUAACCUACUAGAAUCUAGCAUUUUAUCAUAACUGUUGUGUCAUCUAUAGCCAGAAAAGAGCAAGUUAUUUGAAAGCAAUUUUUGUUACUAUGUCAAAGCAGGCUAGUUAUUGGUUCAAGAGAUUUUGAUUUUGUGUCUAACUACUCUAAUUGCUUUCAACUCCAAUAAUGGGGAAAUCUAAUAAAAUUUUACUGUGUGGAUGUUCUGGUGUUGGCAAGACAGCAAUUCUUGAACAGUUACUUUAUGGCAAUCACAUUGUAGAGUCGCCAACACACCCAACUAUGGAAGAUAUCUACACAGCUGUCAUUGAAACAGACAGAGGAGUUAAAGAGAAAGUCAGGAUUUUCGACUUAGGAAUGCCUGAUGGCAAUGAAGCUGAUAUACCGAAACAUUACCUCACUUUACCAGAUGGUUUUAUUUUAGUCUAUGAUGCAACCAAUUUUGAUUCUUUUAAACGUCUGGACAAACUUAAGAAGGAAAUUGACAAACAUAAAGACAAGAGAGAAGGUCAUGUGAUAGUCAUUGGCAAUAAAAGUGAACUGAAUGACAGAAGACAAGUUCAAUUUGAGACAGCCAUGGCAUGGUCUAGUAAAGAGAAAAUGCGUUUGUGGGAAGUUACAGUCACCAAUAGAAAGUCUCUGGUGGAUCCAUUCGUCUGGCUGACUUCUAAAAUAACACAACCAACUGGAAAAAGUAAUUUUUUACCAGGAAGAAAGACCAAGUCCUCCAGUAGCAGUAAUUUAGAUAAAAAUUGAAGGUUUUGGUUCCAUACUUUAAGUGCAGGUGUUUAUGGACUAGACUCAUGAUUGAUAAAACAAAAUGUGUUUUAGCUUAAGAAGAUUUCUUAUUGUUAAAUUUCUGGACACUAAAAUAAAACAGCCAAAAAAAACCCUCCUUUUUUUUCCCUAUUAAUAAUGUAAAGUUGCAUUUGUUAUGAGCAUUUCAAUCAAAUUAAGAAUUCAAUUUUUAAAAAAAUCUUUUUUGUUACCAUGUUUCUCUGAAACAUUAAAAAAAAUUUCUUGUUUGAAUAAAUUAAAAUGUUUGUAAAUGAAAACUGAAAUAAAGUUUUAAUGUUUUGACUGAAAACAAGUCAAUGACAAGCUGGUCAUUAGCAUUAACAGAAAACUAAGGAAGCAUAACACUUUUGGGAACUUAGCAUUGACCAGCAGUUUUCUCUGAAUUGGCCAGUCAUUUUCUCUGCAUUGACCAUCAGAUUUCUCUGCAUUGACCAGCAGUUUUCUCUGCAUUAACCAGCAGUUUUCUCUGCAUUGACUAGCAGAUUUCUUCGCUCCUGAAGAGAAUAUGGGAGCAAGAAGACAUAACAGAAGUUACUUGAUCAAUCUUUCUAUGAAAUGAAACAGAAACUACUUAUUACAAGAGAAUUAGAUCUAUUUUGCAUUGCUAAGAAAAGUGUCUAGCUGCACUGAAAUGCAAGCCUUAUUAUUAUUAGAAUGAUCUGUCAUAUUGUUAUAACCCUGUUAGUGACACAGAAAAAGAGUGUCAAAAUCAAAGUGAUUCAGUCUCGAGUUCAGUCUUGAUGAACGGAACGGUUUUGUGAGUCCAGAGUGAAGCAGUAAGAGAGAGACCAGUAGAGUUUAGUAUGGCUGUAGGGUGAUCUGUAGUGAAGUAUUUGUACAUUUUGUACAGUCAGUGUGUUUCCUAUUGUACAGUAUUGGCUGUUGAUUUAUUAGUUAUUAAAGUAUCAUGUUAUUUUA